AUGAGUGUUCAACAGGCCGUUGCUCUAACCAUUCAGAAGGUAUCUCAGCAACCAACUGUUCUGCAACCCGUUACUUCAAUCACUCAGCAAGCAUCUGCUCAGCAGCCGAGCGUCCAGCAAGCCGUUACCCCAACUGGUCAGCAAGCAUGUGCUCAAUUCAGCGAGUAUCCCAACUUCCGAGAUGGUGAUGUCUUGAUUAUCUCCCCCACCGACAAGACCUGGAGGCUGCACAGCACCAUCCUGAUAAAUGCUUCUCCGGUCAUUAAGAGUAUUCUCGCCAAGUACCCGGCUGCUCACACUACCAAAUCACAACGUGAGGAAGGUUUGACGAUCAAAUGGAAGCUUGUGAUGAUUGACGAGCCUGAUGCGGCGCACGUCGAUCCUGAUGGACUCACAUUCAAGACGUUUAAGAUUCCUGACCGCAAGGGCAACAUCUCCUCGUUCGAGAUGCCCCGCAAUGCCAACGGCCUCGGUGCUAAGCCACAAUACAAUAAGUUGUACGACAACUUCUUCAAGUGUCUCUACAACAUCAAUCCUUGUUUUACCAAUGAUCCCAAUGAUCCUGAAGCUCGCGAAUACAUCACUGAUGCCCUCACGCUGAUCGAGGCCGCCCAAUAUCUCGAGGCAAUUCCAGCCGUUCGUGUUGCUGUUGAGGCCAACCUCCUUCGACUCAACACCGUUCUCUGGAACCACAUUUGCAGUCGCCCUGACGCUUGGGUUCAUGCAGCAGCCCGUCUCCAAUCCCCAUUGAUCUUCCGUGAGGCCAUGCUCCACAUCGUUGGUUGCUUCCACCUUCGAGGCGUUAUCAAUGAGGAACUCUUGGAGGACUUGGACGGCAAGCACGGAGUGUUGGGUCGCCAGGUCUGGGGUCUGAUUGUCAAAAAGGCCAAGGAGUUGAAGGACAAGAAGUUGCGAGUCGAGCGCCACCUUCUCGAGUACUACCCUGACCGCAUGUUGCACAAGGAGGACGAGAGUUCGAUCCCAGGACGCGCCAUCUACAGCGAAGACAUCUACCUCUGGCAAGCCCUGAUGAUAUUUCGCCAAUUCUGCGCCUCGGCAUGCCUGUCCAACUACCACCACCGUGCCAACGACAGCGGCCUGGCCUUCUAUCGCAAUAUUGCUUCAGGCAACUACCUUCGUCCAGAGACCCUCGGCAGCUUCUACGAAAUCUUCGCCAUGACCCCCAAGGGCAAGCAGAGACUCGCGCAAGUCCUUGACUUGAUCAAGGAUGACAUGAAGCCGGUCGUCAAGGAGCUUCUCGUCGACCGUACCCAAGGAGACCGAGGCAGAAACGCGCUACCUCUCGAUCACCUGACCUGCGUCGAAAUCCUCGAGGAGGAGUUCCCUUGGUAUGUUGCCCCAAUUGUUGAGACGGAUGGAGACGUUCAGAUGAGUGGUGCGUUGUGAGGGAUCGUUUACUAUUCGCAGAAGUAUGAGCGGAUAAUAACGAAUUAUGGGACGG